GGAGAUUCACAUCAUCUUCCUCGAAAAAGAUUGCGGCAAGUCUGCCAAUAUGUCCGCAGCCUGGCUCACACCACCAGUCCAGCUGACAGGGAGUCGAAAGUUCACCUGUGAUGGCUUCACAACGGAACAAUGCGACUAUUAUAUGCAGCGAUGGCACUUUUGGUACAUCGCCGACUAUGUGUACGCUCUACCGACCAUCGCGUUCUUUAUGUGCUCAAUUGGGAUCUUCAUUGUUGGGUACUUCCUUUCUUCGAUACUUGGUAGCCGGAGAAAGUUUCAGGGCCCUCGAUUAUGGCAAAAGUUGGUUGCCUUCAUUCGUUACUUGUCCUACCGUGGCUUUCAUGUCUGGGCACUCGGAUGGAACUCAGCUCCCUUGGGAGUCCUGCUUCUGGGUGCGGCAGGGGCCGUCUUCUUUCUCUGUAAGCCACCAUCGCCGUGGGAGCGCAUGUCGAUGCUGAUGAAAGCUGGAUUAUCAGGCAUGGUGCUCAUUCCCCAGCCUUACUACUGGUCCAGUCUAGAUUAUGGUGGUUCGCCUCCCCUUGCUACAAGAUCGGGAUGGAUGGCGCUGGCGUGCAUGCCAUUUGUCUUCGCAACGGCCACCAAGACCAGUUGGCUCACCCUCUUUACCGGCGUCUCCCAUGAGAAGCUCCAAGUAUUUCACCGAUGGAUAUCCUAUGCCUUCUUCGUCCUCGCGCUCCUGCAUACAUUUCCCUUCAUUGUCUACCACAUCCGAUUCCAUGACAUGGUGAUGCAAUUUGAGAUGAGUCUUGUUUUCUACUGGACCGGAAUUGUGGCUCUCAUCUUCCAGGCCUGGCUUACCUUUGCCUCGCACAGUGUGAUUAGAGGACUGGGGUACGAAUUCUUCAAGGCAACACACUUCUUUGCUGCUGCCGUUUUCGUUCUGAUCUUCUUCUGGCACUGCGACUAUACCUUGACCUCCUGGCACUACUUUAUCGCGACAGCUGCCGUAUACGUUCCCUGUUUCCUCCAUCCCUGGCUGCGAACGCUUUUCGAGUAUGGAAUGUGCCAAAGGGCCCAGGUUCACCUGGAAAGCAACGGCUUCAUCCGGAUCACAAUCCCCGUCUCCUUCCGGUGGCGACCCGGCCAACACUGCUUUCUCCGCUUCACCGGCUUCGGGCUACUCCAUGCGCUCUCGGCGCACCCAUUCACUAUCUGCUCGCUGCCAGCAGAAAAGCCCGGUGACCAGUCCUACCUCGUCUUCUACAUCCGCCAUCAAGGCGGUUUUACGGCGCGCCUUCACGAAUACGCCGUGGCGCACCCGGAGGCUUCUGUGUCGGUGCUGGUCGACGGCCCGUACGGCGGAAUCGACCUGCAAUCCUACGUUCGCAGCAGCAAUCUUCUGUUGAUUGCAGGGGGGUCUGGCAUCGGAUGGACUUUGCCGUGUAUUCAGCAAUUCCUUGUGUCACGGUCAGCGUCUGGUGACGUAGAAUGUGGCCAAGGAAUCGACGUCGUGAGCGAGGACGACACACCAGCAACAAGGCAAAACAACCCGCCCUCUAGCAAUGGCAUUUCUGCACCUCGUUCCCUGCGGAUUAUCCUGGCAACUAGAGAUACCGAAAGCCGCAUGUGGUUCGAUCAAGCUAUCAGUCGGCUGCUGGAAGAGUUCUCCGUGCCCGGCGUGCUGCUCGAUCUUCACAUCCAGAUUCAUCUGACUGGUGACGAGGCUGACCGGCAACCGACCCAGAGGCAGCAGACCCCCGCUCAAUUGAAAGAGCAGGGCCCCUUGCCUGCAAAUGCGGAUGUUUCGGAUGAUCAAGCGAUGCUCACCAUGAUAGAGAGCUCCAAGGGCCGGCCACGGCUCCCUGAGAUCAUCCAAGAAGCAGUUCAUCCCGGCGAGUCGCUCGGGGUUUAUGUUUGUGGGCCAAUUUCGAUGCAGAGUGAUGUUCGCAAUGCGGUUGCUGACGAGAACUUGAAAGUCCUGAAGGGGGCCAAGUCCGGGGGGAUUUAUCUGCAUUGCGAGCAUUUUCAAUGGGCAUAGUGGCAGGGAUUUGUGUAGAUAUUUGGUUAGGAAAUCUUUAUUAGAUCAUGAAUUUGGCGAAGGGGAUGUGGUCGGAGCCUCUUAGUAAGAGCAAAGUCUAACUAAAUCCCUAUGCGCCGUUGAGCUAGUAUGUCGCUAUAACCGUGGGAAAACGUGGAACACAUUACCCGAAGACCUUGUU